AUGGAAUACGCCAAUGUAGCACGCGACGCACUCGCAUCGCUCCCUCAGAACCUCAGCUCAAUCCGCUCGAGCGACCGAUUCGCCAACCUGCGGCCCAUCAGCGAGUUCCUCGACUUCAGGCGCAUUAGCAAGCCUCAGGGCUUUGGUGAGGUUCAGUCGCGCAUCUCCUACAACUUAGGACGCUACUCGAGCAACUACUCUGUCAUUUUUGCCCUCCUGGCCAUCUAUGCGCUCAUCACGAACCCGCUGCUCCUCUUUGUUAUUGCUCUGGCUGUGGGCGGUAUGCUGGGUAUUGGCAAGCUUGCUGGUGAGAACCUGACGGUUGGUCCUAUCAGCUUGACUACGAGCCAGCUGUAUACGACGCUCGUGUGUAUUUGUGUGCCGCUUGGCUUUAUUGCGAGCCCAGUCAGCACCGUGUUUUGGCUGCUUGGCGCAAAUGGCUUCAUCAUCCUUGGUCAUGCUGCCCUCAUGGAGCCUCCUGUUGAAUCACAAUUUGAAGAAGUCCAGCAGGCAGUCUAA